AUGGUCGACGAGCGACUACCCAAACGACUCUUCUACGGAGACGUCGCAACGGGUUCUCGCCGUCAAGGAGGCCAAAUUCGCCGUUACAAGUAUACCCUGAAGUCCUCCCUGAAGCGCCUGCAAAUCAACCCGACCAACUGGGAAGAGCUCGCACUCGAUCGACCGACCUGGAGGAGGACAGUGAAGACAGGCGCAGCGAUCUACGAAGCCAACUGCAUGGCUGCUGCCAAAGUGAAACGCGAAGCCCGAAAAUCACAACUUCGCCCAGUACGCAACGCCGCCGCAAAACCGCUUCCAACGUGUCCUCGAUGUCAACGGACAUUCCGGGCUCGAAUCGGACUUGUUGGACAAAUUCGGAUCAACUGCACCUCUCGGACUGCCCCAACCAUCGUCCACCCGCCCGCCUCUUCCUCAUACUCUUCGCCGCCAACUAACUCUGACAACUCUUCCGAACCACCACUACCACCCUCCUCCUCCUCCUCCUCCUCCUCCUCCUCCUCCUCCUCCUCCCCCACUGCCCCAGCGGCGGCCGCUCAGGCGGCCGUCUCGCACAUCAACCCCUACACAACAACCGACACCACCCCCACUACCUCCGAAUCCAGCGAUGAGGAUCAGGACUACACCAGCCCUCACUGCGAUCGCACCUUCACCUCACGCAUCGGCCUGGUCGGUCACUUGCAUAUCCAUCGCACAGAGACUGUCGAGCCAGUGCCUGGUGCGUCAACUACACCCGCUGCACUCGCCUGCAUUGCCCACAAUGCCCUCGCACCUUCACGCAUCGCAUGGGCCUAUUCGGAUACAUGCGCAUCCACGGGAGCAGAAUUGACCACAAUUCCGAUACAUCAAUCACGCCCAUCAUGCUCAGCACCACCCUCGCACCAUUAGUCUGCACCACUACCAACGCCUUCUCUGUGGCUGACACUGACACCGCCGAAUUCACCCGCCCAAACUGUUCACGCACAUUCACCUCACGCAUCGGCCUGGUCGGUCACUUGCGAAUCCAUCGCACAGAGACUGGAGAACCAGUGCCUGGAGCACCAACCUAUACCCACCAAGCUCGACUCAACUGCCCACACUGUCCUCGCACGUUCACGCAUCGCAUGGGUCUAUUCGGCCACAUGCGCAUCCACGACGACCUGCGGUAGACAACCGCCGGUUACACCACACAUUCACACACUCCAUACCCUCCUCCCCCACAAAUACCAAGCAUCAACACUCACCCACCGCAUGCACCAAUUUCCACCUUCCACGCAAGUGGGAAGUGUGCAUCUCGACUCGGUCCCCAUGCGGCCUCGGCUGCACGGGUGACUUUAGUCCGAGGCUAUCCCGACACGUCAAAUGUCGUGGAUAGGAAGGUUGCUGAUUGACGCCCGUUCUCGGUUCAUGCAGUUCGUCACGUCGUGCGUGUGUGAGUUGUGUAAAGUGGCGGACUGGUGGGCUGGGGACCGGCUAAAACACUACCAUCCACGGCCCUCUCACGCAAGUGAGAGCCACGCCGUUCAACCCCCGUUGUGUGAAAUUCUGGAGUUUGUGUGUGUAUGGGGGGCCAGGUCGUGCUGUGGCGCGCGCAGUCAUGGUCAGUCGACCGUGUCAGCCACCGCGCCCAUUCCCCACUCCAUUCUGCUGACCGGCUCGGACAGUGGCUGGGGUGUGGGGAUGGGAAGGGAGAGUGAGGUCGACGACUCAGCGCACUUUCUCCUCACUAUAAUCAAUCUGACGCGCUUGAAGCUAUCAUGGUGCGCUAAAAGCCGUGGCUUGAAAGGUUGCCAACUGACGCGGUACCUUGGACGUCUUCCUUCACUGGAGGCGGUCAGAGAGUCAGGCUGCAAUGGCUCCUUUUUAAUGUGGCCUUUAUGGCACUCCUACUACAGUGUGGGAUCCGAGCCAGGCGUCGUCGGCACGUCUAGGUGCGGCAUCGGCCGUGCGAGCCUCCAAAUCUCUGUUGUGUUGGUUGAAAUCUUGGUCAUUUUUUGUGUGGACCAGGGGGUGUGGUGGAACGCCUAGGCGAGGAUCCGUCCGAGCAAUCCACCUGCGGCCUCCCCGGUCUUCAUGACUCUGUCUUGACACCGGGCCCAGGCGGGGGAGGAGGAGAGAUUGUAGGUAGAUGCAGCGCAAGUCUACCGGCACUAUAAACCCCUGCGCAAGUCACCGUCCCUGCUCCCACCGUUGCAGCUUCAGCUGUGGGUCAUACGGUGGACAUAAUCUAAACCGAUGGUCGAACUGUGGUGUGUGUGUGUGUGUGUGUGUUUGUGUGUGUGUGUGGUAAGGUACCUGACUAAUUUACCUUUGACAAUUUAGCCCCUUUUUCUUUGACCGCAUUGCUUGUUUGAAUGUGACGAGAAACGACAAACCUGCAGAACCCGCCUUGCUAGCGUGCUCUGCUGUGGUAUUCUGUUGUCAGUUCUCUUAUCGUUCAAAAAUCUCUAUAUUAUUCACUGCUCCGAUUUACUUGCUGCCUUUAAGGCUUAGGGCUCGUGAGAUACAGCUCGUUAGUUCGUGAGAGCAUUAAACUUUACGACAUUGGUGACUCUCGACGUUUACGCAGACUUUAUACCUUUCUAUGUCAUACUGAAUAACAUUUAACGUACUAUUUGUUUGUGAAUAUCUAUUACAUUUACAUUUACUUUCUCACGAAUGCUGAUCUUUUUACCAUCUCUGUCUUAUUAUGUGUCACUCCGAUCAACAACUUGAUGCCCCCACCCAAUCCCUUCAUGCAAUCAAUUUUCCCUUGCCUGAAUUCUGGCAACACGCUCCAGAACUUUACUUCAUCCGCAUAGAAUCAGCCUUUUAUUCUGCCAACGUUACCAAGGAGCUAGCAAAAUACCACAAACUUGUAGAGGUCCUCUCCGCUAGUGUCAUUUCUCAAGUUCAGUCCUUGCUAGCUAAUCCUCCUGCAGAUGCUCCCUACUCCACGUUAAAGGCAGAAAUCCUCCGACUUAAUUCUGUGUCUGACCGACAGAGGUAUCACCAGUUAAUUAAGGAGGAGUCACUGGGUGACCGGAAGCCUUCAGAGCUUCUACGUCGAAUGCGAUCUCUCCUUGGAGACAUGCAAGUUGACGAUAAAUUUGUCAAGGAGAUGUUCCUAGAGCGUCUGCCAGCAGAUGUUCAAACGAUUCUGGCAUCUGGUUCUCAGGAUCUUACGAUAUCACAGCUGGCGGAGAUGGCGGAUCGAAUGAUAGAGGUGCAGCGGUUCCAGUCACCUUCCGUUGCCCAGAUCUCCUCAUCUUCAUCGUCAGUGAAUGAAAAUUUUGUGAAACAGGUGUCGGCCAUGGCGGAUGAGAUGGCCUCCCUUAAAAUACAGACCGCCCGCCUUACGUCCAGUCGCUCACGCAGCCGUCGUCGUUCUCGUUCGCGAUCUCGGACUGCUGAUACUUGCUGGUACCACACUAAUUUCGGCGUAAAGGCCCGUCGCUGUUCCUCACCUUGCUCCUUUAAGCCGAAGUAGAGAAACCAGUUAGCCAGAGAAUAGAUGCGACCGUUUUCUCUGGCUCUUCCGGCUCUGGUCGCACCUUCUAUGUUUGCGACACUGCGACUCGCAGACGUUUCCUGGUGGACACUGGAGCUCAAAUCAGUGUUGUUCUUCCAACUGCAGUUGAUCGUCGUUUCCCUAGCCCUGGUCUACAUCUUCAAGCUGCUAACUCUUCCCCCAUUCCCACUUUUGGCAGUCUGUCCCUCACCCUGAACAUUGGCCUUCGUCGGUCAUUCACCUGGAUCUUUGUGAUUGCUGAUGUCCCUCAUGCAAUCCUCGGCUCGGACUUUCUUGCCGAGUUAGAUCUCCUUGUUGACUUCGACGUGCCCGUCUCCUCGACCGCACAACCUGUCUGUUUGUUCGUGGACUAACUCCCUUUACAACCCCCACUAACUUAUCUGUCUUGGAUACGGAUAUUACUAGUCCCUUUCGGCAACUGCUUCUUAGUCACCCCAACAUAAUUAACCCCCAGUUUCGCAGUGGUGAGGUUCAACAUGAGGUUGUGCACCAUAUCCGCACCUCAGGUCCUCCCGUGUUUGCUCGACCGAGACGACUAGCACCGGAGCGUUUUAAGGCCGCAAAGACGGAGUUUGAACACAUGCUGCAACUGGGAAUAAUCCGACCGUCCGAAAGCCCUUGGGCGUCCCCACUGCACAUGGUGCCCAAGGUGACAUCAGGCGACUGGCGACCCUGUGGCGACUAUCGUGCCCUCAACAGCGCUACCAUUCCUGAUCGGUACCCCGUGCCUCAUCUUCAGGACUUUGCUGGAGCCCUUUUCGGCAAAGCGGUUUUCUCGAAGAUUGAUCUGAUGCGUGCUUUUCAUCAGAUUCCAGUCGCCCCCGAGGACAUCCCUAAAACCGCCGUCAGCACACCCUUCGGUCUCUCAGAGUUCGUACGCAUGCCGUUUGGUCUUCGUAAUGCCGCCCAAACGUUCCAGAGGUUCAUUGACCAUGUCUUACUUGGCCUACCCUUUGUGUACGCCUACACUGAUGACCUCUUAGUAGCCAGCCGGAAUGAGGAAGAACACAAAGAGCAUCUUGCCUUGGUGUUUGACCGUCUUGAAAAGUUUGGUGUUGUCAUCAACCCCUCCAAGUGCGUGUUGGGUGUGCCUUCGCUCGAGUUCCUUGGUCAUCAGUUUGACUCUGAAGUUUUGCGGCCCCUCCCCUCCAAGGUUGAAGCAGUUCGUAAUUUUCCUCCUCCAACUUCCAAGCGUCAGUUACAGCGAUUCCUCGGCAUGGUCAUUUUUUACCGUCGGUUCCUACCGAACUGUGCUGACCUCAUGCUGCCGCUCACCAACAUGCUUUCUGGUCCCAAAGGUCCCCUCGAUCUGACUGGUGUAGCACUGACAGCUUUUGAGAGAAUCAAGAAUUCGCUUGCCGAUGCCACCUUACACACGCAUCCCGCUCCCGAAACUCAACUGUCUCUGAUGGUAGAUGCCUCGACUGUAGCCGUAGGUGCAGUCCUUCAGUAACACCUUGCUGGUUCGACUUAACCACUUGCCUUUUUCUCCAAAAAGCUCUUACUGGAUAAGACACGUUACAGUACCUUUGGCCGUGAACUACUUGCCAUUUACCUGGCUGUGAAGCAUUUCCGGCACUUCCUUGAAGGUCGGGACUUCACUGUCGUCACGGAUCACAAACCGUUGACUUUUGCACUUCGCUCCCACUCCGACAAGUACAAUCCGAGGGAAAUCGCCCACCUGGACUACAGCUCCCAAUUCACCACCGACAUCCGCCACAUUGAUGGCACAAAGAAUGAGGUGGCUGAUAUGCUCUCCAGACCCUCAAUGUCUUCUCUCCAACUCACACACGGGUAAGCUCUUUGUGCCAUGGCGGCUGAGCAACAGCGAGUCGGUUGUCCUGGUGACGAGUCUGUUAGUGGUCUCCUACUCAAAGACGUUCCUCUAACCACCGACUCUGUAGAAGGACGUACUGACCUUGUUGCUUUAAUGUUUCCUGGCCAUGACUUUCCUGUACCGUUUUGACUGAUUUGUGUUCCGAACGUGCCUUUUUUAGUGACCGCCGUGGAAGAGAGUAAGGGGGCUAGUCGAGGGACCGCCCGUAAAGAAGAAGACGGCGAGAGAACGGAACAGGAUUAAUUACCUCAGCUGAUAUAUACCUUUUAAUAAGCCUUUUCCAUCCUCAACCUUUUCUUUCUUCGUACGCUUGCUCUUGCAGAUGAUGAACUCAAUUCGCGCUAAUUUUCAGGGUUCCCGCCGAGGAGACUCUCGACCAGGUAGGAGCACCAAGGAAGCCUAUACGGACUGUCGCCUAGUAGGAGAAGAAGACAAGACCAUACCCCGAGUGGCCCGAGUAUUAAAUUGGUGGCAGCGACUAUGACGGACCCGGCUACCCCUUCCUCGUCGUCUACGACUACCCCUGACUCCAUUCCCAAUUCCUUUCGGCCUUUUGACAGACGGAUCGAUUUUCGUAGUUGGUUACGGCGGUUCCGCUUUCACACGAAAGAGGUGCGCAAGACAAAGGCUCUCGCUUAGUUUUUAAAUAUUUGGGCGAUGCUCAAGUGGAUAAGGCCCUCGACGCCGAGCUGUCCGCUUCAACUCCUUUUGACGCCUUGUGUGAUCAACUCCAGCGCCUGUUUCCGCCGCGGUUGGCCAUCGAAAAUGCUAUUCACAGACUCAUACACCGUCGCCGUCGUUUCAGGGAAACACCUGGCCUCUGACGCUUAUCCGUCCUUGUCGGCAGCUGACAGAGACCAGGUCGUCCUUUAUCAUUUCAAAUGCGGCCUGGACUCCGACGAGGUGGCGUAUUCAUUACGUCUGAACCCCUCGGGUGACCUCGAGAGUGCCAUUCAGAGAGCCACUCGGUUGUUAGAUCCGAACUCCCCAGGACCUGUUUACCAUCGCUCUUCUGGAAGCUCAACCUUUUCCCCCGGCUAUCGUCGACCUGGGCAAGGCCGCCGCUCAGGUGGUUUCUCUAUGGCAGACAACAACACUACGCUCCAGUCUCUUAAGAGUCUUUGGAAUCGCCCGCCACAUGCGACGUCAGCACACCGUCCGGAUGAAGCCGAUUUCGGUACCCUGUCUGUUCCUAUAUGCUCUUCAACGUCGCAUAAUACAUUACCAUUCUUUACCUUGGUGCACGUUGAUAACCGCCCUGUCAGGGCUCUAGUUGAUACUGGAGCUACAGUUUCUUUAAUUCGAUCUGAUGUACUUAUACGUGUUCGCAUGGAUAGUAUUUUUAAACCCAAAAGACUACCUAACCUGCUGACAGCAAACGGAGAUCGAAUGGCCACAAUCGGUCUAAUUAUUUUGCCGUUAUUGUUCCCUACUAGGACUAAAGAACACACAUUUGUUGUUAGCCCAAACGUUACGUGGGAUAUUUUACUAGGUGUCGAUUUUAUUGUCCAGUUUAAUUGUCAUCUGGAUAUUCGUGAGCCCGUCCGGCCAUGCCAAUUUGGCGUCCCAGGAAGACGAAAUCUGUGCUGCGAUUGCCGCUGCGGUCGCACUACCACCCACUAACCUAGACAGCAUCUUACCGGAGCAUGCUGAACUCGACAAACAGGACCGCAUGGGUCUGAAAUCCCUGCUGGAAACCUUUGAGGAUGUUUUUGCGUGGGACGAACGCUCUUUGGGGCGUUCAACACUUGUAAGACACGCUAUCAACACGGGCUCCGCAAAACCCGUGUGGCAGCCCCCACGACGGAUACCGCCACAUUUUCAGAUGGAUGGGAACGAAAUGAUACAGGUGAUGCUUGAUUCAGGCGUGAUACGCCCUUCGCGCUCACCCUGGGCAUCUCCAGUGACCCUGGUGCCGAAAAAGGCCGGGAAACUGCGCUUUUGUAUCGAUUAUCGCCGUCUUAUUGCUGUCACAACUCGAGACUCUUUUCCACUUUCUCGAAUUGAUGUUACUCGAGAUGCACUUGCGGGGGCACGGUGGUUCUCCACACUCGAUCUCAAGUCAGGCUACUGGCAGGUCAAGGUUGAACCCAAAGACAGACCGAAAACAGCCUUCAUCUUUCCGCAAGGUCUUUUUGAGUUCGAAACUAUGCCCUUCGGCCUUUGUAAUGCCACCGCAACAUUCCAACGUCUAAUACAAUCGUUAUUAGCGCACUUAUACCCCAGCCGCUGUUUGCUUUACCUAGACGACGUCAUCGUCUUUGGGAAGUUCACCAGUCAACAUAGUGAGAAUCUGAGAGCCGUUCUUAUUGCACUUUGCGACGCUGGACUUCGUUUAAACCCCCAAAAGUGCAUGUUCCUACGUAACAAAGUGACCUUCCUCGGACAUGAGGUUGGCACGGCGGGCAUACACGCUUCCUCAGAUAAAAUAGAUGCCAUCAAAACGUGGCCCAUUCCAACGACGGCAACCGAGGUUAGGGGUUUUAUCGGCCUAGUCUCCUAUUAUCGACGUUUCAUUCUUCAUUUUGCAGACAUAGCACGCCCCUUGCACCGCCUCACUGAGAAAGAACGAACAUUUAAGUGGACAGAGGAAUGUCAGACCGCAUUUGAUGAGUUUAAAACACGGCUUACUACCACUCCUUUUUUGAUGUUACCCAACACGCAACUCGACGCUUCCCCAUUUAUCCUCGAUACUGACGCCAAUGGGUUUGCCAUAGGCGGUGUUCUAUCCCAGUGCGACGAGACAGGAACCGAAAGACCUUUGUGCUUCGCUAGUAAAACCCUACCAAAGCCACAACGAAAUUAUUGUACCUAUCGUAGGGAACUACUCGCACUAAUUACCUUCGUGACGCAGUUCAAACCGUUUCUGAUUGGUCGCUACUUCAUCAUCCUUUCAGACCAUAAGGCCUUACAGUGGCUGCAGAAGAUUAAGGACGCCGAAGGUCAGGUUGCGCGAUGGCAAGAGAUACUGCAACAGUUCGGUUUUAGUUUUCAGUUCCGUCCGGGGAAGAAACACGCCAACGCGGAUGCUAUGUCUCGCCGCCCCGCCGACACAGGUGUCGAGCUGCCAACUGGGGAUUUCCAUUUCUUAACCGCUCUUACAAUCAGUGAGUCAACCCGCCAUCAUUGGGCUAUCGCUCAAAGCACAGAUCCCGAUACAGCCAUAGUUUAUGACCACCAGCUCAACGGGAGACAUCGCCCGGCCGACGCUGAACCGCGUGGUUCAUCUGAUUCUGCGCGCAUCAUACGAAGUCACUGGGCCCACCUACUAAUGGAAAAUGACCUACUUUUCUUCAAGGACGACGCACAUUGUCAACCUCGAUUGGUUGUCCCCGGCAGCCUAGUCCUGCCUAUUCUGGACGAUCUGCACCGCGAACUCGGCCACGUAGGUCAUUAAAAACAGAGGCUGCAGUGAGACAACGGUUCUGGUGGCCACGCCUCAGAGAAGAAGUCUCUAUUUUUUGUAACACCUGCCCCACGUGUGCCACCUUUAAAGGACCCAACCCCCAACGUCUUGCGCCCCUCCAACCUAUGGCGACAGGGUUCCCAUUUGAACGCGUGGGCAUCGACGUGAUCGGACCCCUACCUAUCACCUUGACUGGCAACUGCUAUAUAUUAGUGAUGGUUGACUACUUCACUAAGUGGGCAGAGGCAGUGACCCUUCCACGACAGGGCGCUGCAUCAGUCACUACCACUCUUCUCACUACUUGGAUUUGCCGCUUCGGAACCCCCAUCUCCUUACACUCUGAUUGCGGAGCGAACUUCGAGAGCCGGUUAGUGCGCGAUGUCUGCGACCUACUUCAAAUCCAUAAAACAACACUACACCGGCUCACCCCGAAGGGAACGGCCAGGUGGAACGAACGAACCGGACCAUUAUUAACCUGUUGAAAGCUUUCGCGGAAGACCACAACCCCCACAAGUGGGAUGUUCGGCUGCCAUACGCCAUGAUGGCAUAUAAAUGCGCGGUCCACACCUCGACUGGCUACGCCCCCUUCUUCAUGCUAACCGGGCGUCGUUUCCGGUUACCGUCGGACUCUCAGCUUCCGCUCCCAACCUGCGACGACUAUCAGCCAGAUGCUUCUGUCCUAGAGUUGCAGGAAACCUUGAGGACCACGCACAACCUAGCGCGACCUCACCUAGAGUCAGCUUAUAUACGACAGAAGGCCUACUUUGACUAGCACGUCAGCGGCGCACCAUACGUUCCAGGCGACCUGGUACUGUGCUACCGACCCACUCCAGCGGUGGGGACUUCGUCAAAGUUCUUCCAUCCGUGGGAGGGUCCCUUCGUCGUCAUUGACUUCUUUCCCACUUCUACUUACACCAUGCGUGACGCGCAGUCGGCCGGAGACCCCGUCCUUACUGUCCACUAUGACAAGCUCAAGCCUUAUAGGGGCCAGCUACCCAACGCGACCGCCGACUCCCUACCCAUCCUUCCCUCCUUCCGACUCACGAUGAGGUGGUAAUCACCAGCGGUCCCUCCCAGGCAGCGCCUCUGAGGACAGAGCCGCCUCUUGAGAGGGGGGCGUGUAGAAGGACGUACUGACCUUGUUGCUUUAAUGUUUCCUGGCCAUGACUUUCCUGUACCGUUUUGACUGAUUUGUGUUCCGAACGUGCCUUUUUUAGUGACCGCCGUGGAAGAGAGUAAGGGGGCUAGUCGAGGGACCGCCCGUAAAGAAGAAGACGGCGAGAGAACGGAACAGGACUAAUUACCUCAGCUGAUAUAUACCUUUUAAUAAACUUUUUCCAUCGUCAACCUAUACUAUCUUCGUACGCUUGCUCAUGCAGAUGAUGAACUCAAUUCGCGCUAAUUUUCAGGGUUCCCGCCGAGGAGACUCUCGACCAGGUAGGAGCACCAAGGAAGCCUAUACGGACUGUCGCCUAGUAGGAGAAGAAGACAAGACCAUACCCCGAGUGGCCCGAGUAUUACAAUGACGUCUCAACUCCCUUUCAUCGGCCUUUCGUGCCCACCUCGAUGCGUCGAGCUGUAUCUCAAACUUUGCGUGGACUUUCCCACCCCGGGAUCCGAGCCUCUCAAAAGCUCCUCGCUGAAGGGUUUGUCUGGCCUGGCAUGAAUAUGGACGUCACAGCUUGGGCCGUGUCGUGUUGAGCUGCCAGCGCAACAAGGUGCAUCGUCACAACAAGUCCCAACCAGGCACUUUACCCAGCCCCGACGCACGCUUCAGCCAUGUGCACCUGGAUGUCGUGGGCCCCUUUCCUCCAUCCAAUGGUUUCACCCACCUGUGUCGAUCGGUACACCCGCUGGGCUGAAGCUAUUCCUUUGCCGAAUGUGCAGGCUGAAACCAUCGUGAAGGCCUUCUUCAGUCGUUGGGUCGCCAUGUUCGGUGUCCCAUACACGGUUACGACAGAUCGUGGUGCCCAGUUUGAGUAGGCACUCUUCCAGACGCUACUCAAUUUCCUUGGCUGCACACGCAUUCGGACGGCAGCCUACCAUCCAGCUGCCAACGGUAUGGCUGGUGUUUCCAUCGCCAGCUAAAUACCGCCCUGCGUGCCGUAGAAGACCCAGGAAACUGGUCGGACAAACUUCCUCUUGCACUCCUCGGCAUCCGCGCAGCUCUGAAGUCGGAUCUGUGUUGUAACGCAUCUGAAUUAGUUUUCGGCACUACCCUCCAACUGCCAGGCGAGAUGAUCACCCCCACCUCUCGUGGAACCGACGAGACUCCUGACAAUCUAGUGCACCGUUUGCGGCAAUUUAUGCUCUCGCUUUCUCAGGUUCCACCUCGAACUCCAAUGAGUGAGUCUUAUGUCGAAAAAGACUUGGACAAGUAUACGCAUGUGUUCGUCCGGUGCGACCGUGUGCACCAGCCGCUGGAAUCACCAUACGAAGGACCGUUCCGCGUGCUAGCGCGCAACGCCAAGACCUGCCGGAUUAUUCGCGGUGACAAGGAGGACGUGGUCAGUGUCGAUCGGGUCAAGGCUGCAGAGGAGCAGCCGGACCUGCCACAAGGACAAAAAUGUGCAGACCCCCUAACCCCUGUGUCUCCAUCUUCCCUAUCCCCUGCUCAUUCACCCUGCCCACUGCCUCACUCUUCCCCUCCCUUGCCCUCUACCCCUCCGUACCGCAUACUUCCUCUCCCUACAUGUCUACAGCAUCUAACUGCAACAUCAUCGUCCACCACAGCACGCAGUCAACUCUCUUCGACUCUACCUCCUGCUUACAUCACUCGCAGUGGCCGUCACGUUCAUUUCCCCGAUCGUUUAGUUACGCAUUUUUUCUAG